CAAACACAUUCACUCAGACUCAGUCUUUCUCACUUUCAAUCUCUCGCUUAGUUUACAGAAAAUGUCUCCAUGUCUAAACUGUAUCCAAAAGCCAUACCGCAAAUGUAUGUUAGGAUUAAUCAUGGGUGUAUCAUUUAUAUAAUAAAACACAGCCCAGACCUGCAUGUUUAACAAUUGAAUUGUGCUGCAGUUCUUGAUAUUUGCAAUGGUUUUAAAGAAGAGGUUAUUUUCCUUUGAAUAGUGCUGAUGUUAUCUCAGUCAACAGACUGAACAUGCAUUUCUUAAAUCCUGAAUUCCUCACCUAUGUCCUGUUUCCGUGCAAAGCUUUUUGGUGAGGUCCCCAACAACAAACCAGCUCCUUCUUUUGUCUAGGAAGCCAUAAAAUCAUCUAGCCUUUGCUCUGAACCAUUGCCUACUGACUCUUGGACAGUUGUCUCUUGCCCAGUUGUUACUAUAACUACCGAACAAAGCAGUCAGACUAUAUCUGCUUCAGUUGUCAUGAGCUGUUUAAACCUGCAGUGCAUUUGUUGUCAUGAGCUGUUUAAACCUGCAGUGCAUUUGUUGUCGUGAGAUGUUGAAACCGUAUGAAAAGCUCUGGCUGCUAAACCCUACGCUCCCAGCAGCCACCAGACAAGCUGUGAACCAGACAGGCAACAGCCUGUCAACAAACUCCCCACUUUCAGUAGUGUGGGCUGCCGAGGACACAGAGCUAAUGUCCAGUCUCAUUGUCUGGAGCUGGACACUCAGCCGGCCACAAACAACCUAUUGUGACUCUGCCUAAGGCUGGGCGCUGGUGGGCAAGACUUAUUAGAUCUGAGCGCUCAAGCAAAGCUAUUGAGAGGGAGGUAGGUGUGCUACAAAGCAGCCAGUCUGGCCUUAGGAAGGAAGCAGUUUGCUCUUUUUCUCUGAAUUUGUGAGGCGAGGCUUUGGCUUGUGGAAUAUUUAGAUUAAGAUUUUGGGUUUGGGGUUUUAUCACUGUUGUUUCAAUGUUUCAAUUAGUUGAAAAGUGCAAAACAACAGAUACAAUAUGGUAAUGGUUUAUCGCCAAGUGUUUUUUGUCCAAAGUUGGCAUACUAAGACAUCUUCACUCACCAUUUCCACCACAGAAGAACAUGACACUCUUCUAACAUGGAUGUGGUGUUAACUACUGGAUGUGAAAAUGAAAGCAAAGCAGAACCGCCACGCAACAUCAACACCCCGAGAGUGGGGAAUUAAGGAGGUCGACAGAGAGAUGCUGAGCUGUUGUUUUGUCUCUCUUUAGCUAGUCUCAGGUGGAUCAUCCUAAGAGAACACUCUUGAAUUUGGUCUCUGCGAAGAUCUUUGACACCAAGCAGUUGACAGGUUAUAGAAUACGGAAAUGUGGUAGUUGGGAGAAGACAAAGACAGGAAAUGGGCUAAAUAUAAAUAUCGUUACUGCACAGAAGGGCGAAACUCAUGGCUUCUGGCGAUGCACGGAAGUUUGACCCCACUUUUAAAGGCCCAAUUCAUAACAGGGGUUGUACAGACAUCUUGUGCUGUAUCCUCUUCAUCUUGGCCAUCCUGGGCUAUUUUGCGGUGGGAAUUCUGGCUUGGUCGAGAGGUGACCCUCGUAAAGUCAUAUACCCUACAGACAGCCGAGGGCAGUUCUGUGGGCAAGCGGGGACUGAACUGGAGAAGAAGCCUCUUCUGUUCUACUUCAACAUCAUGAAGUGUGCCAGCCCACUGACCCUGCUGGAGUUCCAGUGCCCUACCCCGCAGAUUUGUGUGGACACAUGUCCGAACAAGUUCCUGACGCUGGCGAAUGCCCGUCUUUCCUCUAAGGAAGGAGAAGACAUGAACUAUUACAAGAAGUUCUGCAAGGAUGUAGACUUCAGCCAGCUGACUGUCGCAGAGAUCCUUAGGGAUCGCCUCUGCCCUGGAAUGCUCUUUCCCAGCAGGAACUUUUCCCGCCGGUGCCUGCCAGACCUGGGGACCAAGAAGGGAGGAGUUGUUGUCGUCGGCGACAACACAACUAGCUACAUUGAUGAGGAUAAUUUGACCCACAAUGCCAGUGAUCUCUUGGAUGCUGCAAAGAAGUCAAACAUUGCCAUGGAAGCACGCCAGAUUUUCAUGAGGAUCUUUGAAGACUACACUCAGUCCUGGCACUUUAUCCUGAUUGGUCUAGUUAUUGCAAUGGUCGUCAGUCUGAUCUUCAUCGUCCUGCUGCGCUUCCUAGCAGGCAUCAUGGUCUGGGUCAUGAUGUUUAUGGUCAUCCUCGUCAUUUUAUACGGGAUCGUCCAUUGCUACCUGGAGUUCGCUGCUCUAGGGGGGACCCCCGGGUCUGAUGUCACCAUCCGGGACCUAGGUCUUCAGACGGACUUCUCUGUGUACCUGCAGAUCCGGCAAACCUGGCUAGCAUUCAUGAUCAUCCUGGCCAUUGUGGAGGUAGUCAUCAUCAUCCUCCUCAUUUUCCUCAGGAAGAGAAUCCUCAUUGCCAUCGCUCUCAUCAAGGAAGCAAGCAGGGCCAUUGGUCAUGUGAUGUCCUCGCUGGUCUACCCUCUGAUAACGUUUUUCCUCCUGUCCCUGGUCAUCGCAUACUGGGGCGUCACCGCCGUCUUCUUGUCUACCUCUAAUGAAGCCAUUUAUAAAGUGUUCAACAUCAGUGAGUGCUCCCGCUCUUUGGAGCGCUGUGACCCAAAGACCUUCAGUAAGUCUAACGUCACAGCGGAGUGUCCAGAUGCUGAGUGCCAGUUUGCCUUCUACGGCGGAGAAACCCUCUACCACAAGUACCUGAUUGUGUUCCAGUUCUACAACCUCUUCCUCUUCUUCUGGUGCGCCAACUUUGUGACCGCGCUGGGACAGGUCACCCUAGCAGGGGCCUUCGCCUCGUUCUAUUGGGCCUUCAAGAAGCCCGAUGACAUGCCUGCCUACCCCAUAUUCGCCUCAUUGGGAAGGGCUCUCAGGUACCACACCGGCUCUCUGGCUUUUGGCUCCCUCAUCCUCUCCAUCGUCCAGGUCAUCAGGGUCGUCCUGGAGUAUCUGGACCAGAAACUGAAAGGAGCUCAGAAUAAGUUUGCCAAAUUCCUGCUAACCUGCUUGAAGUGCUGCUUCUGGUGCCUGGAGAAGUGCAUCAAGUUCCUGAACAGAAAUGCCUACAUCAUGGUGGCGAUAUAUGGCAAAAACUUCUGCACAGCAGCAAAGGAUGCCUUUUUCCUUCUAAUGAGGAACAUUGUGAGGGUGGCUGUUCUUGACAAGGUUACUGAUUUCCUCCUCUUUUUGGGCAAACUGCUCAUUGUUGGAAUUGUGGGCAUCUGUUCAUUCUUCUUCUUCUCUGGGAAGAUCAAGCCUAUAGAAGAUGCAACGCCCAUCCUCAACUAUUACUGGGUACCAAUUCUGACUAUUGUAUUUGGCUCCUAUCUCAUCGCCCAUGGCUUCUUCAGUGUGUAUGCCAUGUGUGUGGACACACUGUUCCUCUGCUUCUGCGAGGACCUGGAGCGAAACGACGGCUCCACAGACAAGCCUUAUUUCAUGUCUAAAGAACUACACGAGAUUCUGUCCAAAAUCAAACCAGACGAACCCGACGAGGCUUCUCCACCGGCCCAAGUCCAAGCAGACGAGGAGACCCCGCUGCAGCAGGAGGAUGGAGAGAUCCAGGUGAAGCAGGAAACGGUCCUGAGGACUGAGAACGAGGAGGAGCAGCAGCCCCUCAACCAGGAGCCCCCCUGCCAGGCAGCGGCCGAGGAGAGUGAGCCGCCGCAGGACAAGACGCCUCCACCGCAGACGCCACAGGAGCCAGAGACUCAGACCGCAGAGCCCCAGACCACUCCUCUACUUAACGGGUAUCUGGACGUGGAGCCUGAGGAGAAGAACGAGCCGGAAGUGACACCCCAACCAGGAGCAGUGGCAGCAGAGGAGGACGAGCAGGAUGAAGAGGAGAAGCCUAAGGAAAAUGGACCGCUAGAAAUUGACACCCCACUCACUCCUCAGGACUGAAUUCAGAAUUGAUCAUGAGUCAUUAACCUUAGAUGGAAUGACAACCAUCAGGCUCGUUGAGAAAUGUCUGGAUAUACCUUUAAGAUUUAAAUGGCUUGCUGUGGUAUGCUGUUUGUGUAGACUGGUAUGCACCAGGCAAAUGUAAAAAGUCCAUCUAUCAACACUUCCUGUAUGGAUAAGGUAAAAAAAAAAAAGAAAAGCUUGCCAUUCUGGGUAGCUGUAGGAUCAGAGUCAAAUUCUUAUCUAGUCUUCUGGGUACUGGGAACUGCGGAAUCGAGCUUGUUCUUUCAUUAAGUGCGCAAUUAAGUAUAUGAAAGUAAGCAGCUGUGCUACAAUCUCUUGACACUAAAACUGUGGCGUUUGGGGAGGCAUACAGCCUCUUCAAUCAAACGAACAGGUCCUAAAACCACACACUAUAAGGUACAGAACAAUAAGUUGCGAAAAAUGUGUCUUGUGUUGUUUGUUUUUUAGAAGUGUGUGUGUGUGUGUGUGUGUGUGUGUGUGUGUGUGUGUGUGUGUGUCUGUGUGUCUGUGUGUCUGUGUGUUUGUGUGUGCGCUCAUGCACAUGUGUGAGUGUUGUACGUAAAGGAUGUACAUUUUUACUGGUGCUGAAUCUGUGCCUACUCAAUGUCAAAUUUGGAUUGAUGUCUUAAUCGUGUCCCAGAGUACACUAUUCUACUGACGCUACGUUUACAGUAUGAGAAAAAGGCAUAACCCAGUGCUCCUGUGUUUACACUCAAACCAGCUGACGCCAAAUGGUCAAGUCCUUUCGUAUGAAAUUGUGAUAUCUAAACUAAAAAAAAAUAAUGUUGAGUUGUUUCUAUAAAUGUAUGAAUUACUUGCCGUGCUAAUAGUUGCUCCAACAAAGUGAUGGUCUGAAGAAAACAACACCUCUUUGCCUUGGGAUUGUAGGUGGCGUUGAUCACUGAAAUUGGACAUUCGUUUGCCUUUAUCUGUCUCUCUUUCUACCUCUGUCUAUUUCACUCUUUACUGCAUGUUGUUAACAUGGUCUAUUACUGCUCUAUUAAAAUGCAUCUUUCCUCUACAAUAA